UCCUGGGCAGGCAGUUGGACCAACAGACAGACGCCAUGAGGGCUCUGCUGCUCCUAGGGUUCCUGCUGGUGAGCCUGGAGUCAACACUUUCGAUUCCACCUUGGAAAGGCCCCAAGGAGCAUAAGAACAAAGACACAGAGCACACAGUGGUUCUCACUGUCACCGGGGAGCCCUGCCACUUCCCCUUCCAGUACCACCGGCAGCUGUACCACAAAUGCAUCCACAAGGGCCGGCCAGGCCCUCGGCCCUGGUGUGCUACCACCCCCAACUUCGAUCAGGACCAGCUAUGGGAAUACUGUCUGGAGCCCAAGAAAGUGAAAGACCACUGCAGCAAACACAGCCCCUGCCAGAAACAAGGGACCUGUGUGAACUCACCGAAGGGUCCCCACUGCCUCUGUCCACAACACCUCACUGGAAACCACUGCCAGAGAGAGAAGUGCUUUGAGCCUCAGCUUCUCCGGUUUUUCGACCAGAAUGAAAUAUGGUAUAGAUCUGAGCAAGCAGGUGUGGCCAGAUGCCGGUGCAAGGGUCCUGAUGCCCACUGCCAGCUGCUGGCCAGCCAGGCCUGCCGCGACAACCCGUGCCUCCAUGGGGGUCGCUGCCUAGAGGCGGAGGGCCGCAGUCUGUGCCACUGCCUGGUGGGCUACACCGGACCCUUCUGCGACGUGGAUACCCAGGCGAGCUGCUAUGAUGGCCGCGGGCUCAGCUACCGCGGCCGGGCCACGACCACUCUCUCGGGUAUGCCCUGUCAGCCGUGGGCCUCGGAGGUCACCUACCCGAACGUGACUGCCGAGCAAGCGCGGAACUGGGGACUGAGCGGCCAUGCCUUCUGCCGGAACCCGGACAACGACGUCCGCCCGUGGUGCUUCGUGCUGAGCGGUGACCGGCUGAGCUGGGAGUACUGCGACCUGGCACAGUGCCAGGCGCCUCCGACCCGGAUGCCCCCUAGGCUUGACGACCUGCCCAUGCCCGCGCAGCCGACAUCGCCGGAACCUCAGCCCACGUCCCGGACCCCAGGAGCCUCGCCGACCGGGCGGAAGCAGCCGCCUCCCCUGACCAGGAACGUCUCCCCGAGCUGCGGGCAGCGGCUCCGCAAGCGUCUGUCCCCGUUGAGCCGCAUCGUCGGCGGGCUGGUGGCGCUGCCCGGGGCGCACCCCUACAUCGCAGCCCUGUACUGGGGCCACAGUUUCUGCGCCGGCAGCCUCAUCGCCCCCUGCUGGGUGCUGACCGCCGCUCACUGCCUGCAGAACCGGCCCGCACCCGAGGAGCUGACGGUGGUGCUCGGCCAGGACCGCCAUAACCACAGCUGUGAGCAGUGCCAGACGCUGGCCGUGCGCUCCUACCGCCUGCACGAGGCCUUCUCGCCCGUCAGCUACCAGCACGACCUGGCUCUGCUGCGCCUGCAGGAGGAUGCGGACGGCAGCUGCGCGCUCCUGUCGCCUUACGUUCAGCCGGUGUGCCUGCCAAGCAGCGCCACGCGACCCUCCGAGCCCGAGCCCGCGCUCUGUGAGGUGGCCGGUUGGGGCCACCAGUCCGAGGGGGCGGAGGAAUAUUCCAGCUUCCUGCAGGAGGCACAGGUGCCCUUCCUGCCCCUGGAGCGCUGCUCAGCCCCGGACGUGCACGGAGCCGCCAUCCUCCCCGGCAUGCUCUGCGCAGGGUUCCUCGAGGGCGGCACCGAUGCGUGCCAGGGUGAUUCCGGAGGCCCGCUGGUGUGUGAGGACCAGACCGCAGGGCGCCAGCUCACCCUGCGAGGUGUCGUCAGCUGGGGAUCGGGCUGUGGUGACCGCAACAAGCCAGGUGUCUACACCGACGUGGCCAACUACCUGUCUUGGAUCCAGGAGCACACCGCUUCCUGAUUGCUCAGGGAUUCGUCUUUCCCUCCUCAGCGAUUCCGCUGUGGGAGAGGGGCUGGGGCAUGGACGGCAAGAUGGUGUCCCAUUCCCCCAGUGAGGCCAGCGCCGUGCCAAGAUGGCGCAGGAACUCAAUAAAGUGCUUUGAAAAUGCUGAUAA